UUUUUCAAUACGAAAGCAGCGUUUCAACACUUUUCUGCAUAUUUUUGCUCGAAUAAGUUUAAAAAUUGCGAAACAUCAUGGCUAUCAUAUUACCAGUCAUAAGCUACGUAGUGGAUGAGAUCUUAUUGGAGUUUCUAUCAAAGAACCAAUAUGGAGACCAACUCUCCGCUAGUAAUGAUUUUGGUGCAAACCAAAACAAUAACAACAACAACAAAGACGACAAUAACAACAACAAGAAAUCCUCCCAGGAUGAUUUUAAAGAAGAUGUAUUCAACUGGGCUGAUGAACCAUGGACUCCCUGUGAUGAUGUUGAGGUUCCUGACUGGGCCAAGAUGGAAGAUCUAACGACAGACGACUUCCAAUCGGAGUUGAUAUGGGCAGAGGACCCAUGGACCCAGGUACCACUCGUUGGUCUUCCAUCAUGGAUGUUGCUUCCCGGGAUCGACUACCCUGUAGAAACAGAAGACCCCGUGGUAUAUACUCCAGUCAAUGGCGAAGAUGAUGCUGCAUUUUUAGCAUCUGGUAUAGAUAUUGCAAACUGGAGCGACGAACCAUAUUUCCAGUUACCUCUAGAUGUACCAAGAUGGGCCCUGUUGCCCGGCAUCGACUUUCCAGUUCACCGCGGAAACAAUAGCCCCUAUUGGAAGUAUAAACUGAACGAUUAUUUCAUCGUGCGAAGACAAUUCCGUAGAAAUAUAAACAAGUCGAAAUUCCAUAUAAUAAAGGAAGGGAACAGUGUGGCUCUUUCGAUCCAAACAAUUCAAGCCAGACAAAUCGCCAUGAGGAAUUUAAGGAAAUCCAAUAAACAGUGAAGACUUUUCGACACAUACCUACCUUAUCACAUUGGUUAUAUGCCUAUAUUGAUAUUGGGUAUAAUAUAUUGCACAUUUCAUAUUCUGUAUAUUUUGGACUUUGUUUGGCAUCAAAUAAAUUAUUUUGUAUUGACACAA